AUGUCGAACCUGGACGCGGAGUGCACGACGCUCGAAAAUGAGCUUACUAGAAGUAAUUCUCAAUAAUUUCGGAUUUUUUUCUUUCUAUGUGAUUAUAAAUAACUCAUUUUCCAGUUUUCCACAAUCAAAUCAGUUUACCUUCAUUUGAAUAAUAUGAGCCUUUUUGGGAAAAAAAUGAUUAAUUCAGUACAAAUUAACGCAGGUUUUAGUGCCAAAUUUCGAUCCCUUUCAAUUUUUUUCGAAAUAUUUUUUUCUUUUCUUCAACAUCUUUUUCUUGUCUGACUAGAAAAAAAUGAUUCAGUUUUUUUCGUAUUUUUUUGGUGUUCAAAAAUCGGCUCAAAGCAUUUAUUUUAACCUUAAAAAAUGUUUUAAUGUCUUCGCGCGAUGUUAAAAGAGACCCAAAAAAAUUAUAAAUUCAGAUAAAAUUAUGUUUUCCAAAAGGGUUUUAAAAAGGUUUUUUUGGUCCUUUGCAAUGUUAAUAAUUUUAUAAAAGAAUUUUUUUAAAAAAACCUAAAAAAAUUUUUCAUCUGUUCGAACUGAUGACAGUUUUAAUAUUCAGGCCUCACGGCGGUGACAAAUGAUUUUGCGGACAAGUACGAAAAAAUGCUGCCUUUCAUCAACGUCGCCAGUCAAGGAAAGACGGUUAUGGAGAAGUUGGAACGGGUCCAGGAGAACGCCUUCAAAAAGUUGGACACUAUAUCCGAGGGAAUCCGACAAGUUGAAGCCGAAAAUGUCGCGAUGAAUGUAAAGAAUUCUUGUUGAAAUUGAUUCACAUGAUCAAUUUUCAGCUCAGUAUGAUUGAAGACAAGAAAAGAUCAUGUCAAAGAACAUUGGAGUUUAUUGAGCUGGUGGGAAAAAUAUCCGAGAAAAAAUUUAUGGAUUUAAUUUCUAGUUGAGAGAGAUCGAAGAACACCUGGUCACAUUGAGAUCGGUGAAAAAUGCGCCGAAAGAUAUCGCCCAAACUCUGGUCGUUUGUAAGGAAAAGCUGCAGGAAGUUUCGCGCUUAAAGGUAAAAUAUUGAUGAGAGAAAUUCAGAAAAAAGAUAAUUUCGGGAUUUUUUUUUCGGAAAAAAUCAAGGAGGUAUGCUUUUCAGAAGUUGUCAAGUGCCGCGAAAUUCAAAAUUAUCUCUGAAUCUCCAGAAUUUAAUUAUCUUUUUUCUCUGACGAAUAUUUUUAAUCUCAUGGAAUCAUUUUGAACACGGUAUUUGAUGGCUCAAUUCAAUAAAAAAAUUUAUUUGUUUUUUUUCUUUGAUUUUCAAGACAACAAAAAUUAGUCAAUUUUGUUAUGAACUUUAUAGGAAAUCUCUUCAAUUUUCUUUUUCGAAAGAUGUAGGGCGGAUUUUUUUAAAAAUUGAAAAAGAGUUAACAAUUUCGAAGUAUUAGAAAAAGUAGAAAAAAAUAUUAAAUAUUUUGAUCACUAGAAACGGCUAUUAGUAGAAAAAAACCUGAAAAAAAUGAAAUUUUAUGUAGAUUUUUCAAAAAGAAGUGAUCAUUCAGUUUCAAUUUUAACUAGAAUAAAAAAAGUAAUUUUUUUCGUAGUUCAAAAAAAUUUCUUUGCAGUUGAAAAAAAUUGAAGAAAGAAAGAUUCCAAUUAUUUUUUUCAAGAUAAGACGAUAUUUUUUUAAUUGCAUUUUCCAUCACAAUAAUGAAUUUCGAAGCUUGGAGGGAUAGUCUCAAUAUCUUUGCUAUUUUUUUCGCCGUAGAUUUUAAAGUCUCCUUAUAAUAAAAUUUAAAGGAAGAAGCGGCAAAAGAAGGAUUCAACGUGAAUUCGCCGGUCAAGUACUUGGCCGCCGAGUACGCCCAUCAGAACUUUGAGCAUCGUUAUUAUUUCUCAACUUUCUAUGAGAAUUUUGUCUGGUUCCCGAAGAAUUCGGCUUCGGAGAAGGACAGCGCCAUGCAGAACGUCCUCACCUUGACUAUUAACAAUGAGAAUCCCGAUAUCACUGCUCAGGUACAGUUUUUGAGUGGGAUUUUAGGCUUUUAUUUUGGAAAAUUGCUCUGAAAAAUUUUUUGAGCACGAAUGUUGUUAAAAAUGAACAAUGGGGUAAAGAAAAUUCAAGAGAAAUGGGCUGAUUUUUGAGGAAAAUGGCAAGCUACGCUCAUAGUAAUAGUUUUUUCACUACCAACUGGACAUAAUUAAAGUUCAAGGAGUUUUUUUUAAAUUAGUUUUGAGCAAAAUACCAAGAAAUGUUUAAAAAAAUGAGAUAUUUAUGCUUUUUAUGGGUUCAAUUUUUUUGGAAGUUUUUUUGGUCAAUUUUCCAUUUAUUUUGCUUCAAAAAUAUUUUUUAAGGGGAAGGUUGUGGAAAAUGAAUGAGAGGGUGAAGAAAAUCUCGAAAAAAAUAGCUCAGUUGAACGAAAUUCUAAGAAUGGACUAUGAAAAGUAGUUUAUUUAUUGCCAUGAAGAAGUUUUUUAUAGUUCUAUUUCUUUUGAAAAAAAUUCUCAAACGUUUUUUUUUGAGGAUAUUUUUCACAUUUUUUGGGAAACUAGCGAUUCAAACUCCCCAUUUCUAGUUUUGGAAGGUCCCGAAGCCUUGAAAAGCCAAAUGACUCUUCUUCUCGAGACCUACAUGAGAUUUGCUGCUUUGGAAAAAGAAAAAAACUUUUUGAACAUUUCACAUUAUUUUGACCACAAGGUCAUGACAAUCAGUGCAAGUAACCAACUAAAUUAUAUCAUUUUUAGUAUUUGACGGCCAUGAAUAUGAUCGGCCAACUGACGGGUCGACUCAAAGACUGGAAAAACACGAUAAUCGACGUCUUCUGCAACUCUGUCAUCUCCAGCCGCGAUGGAGUCGAUAUCCUUGACAUUACUGUGGGAAAUUAACGAAAAUACCUGUUAUAAGGGGGAUUUCAGCAAUGCGGCAAUACCUAUACCUUCAAGGCUCGUCUCCCGAAAACGACAGUGGAAAAAUCAAUGGAUGUCCAUAAAGUUUUGGGGUGUGUGUUAAGAAAAAUUAAUGGGGGAGGGGGAUUGAAUAUUUCGGAAAAAUCUUUUUUUAAAAAAAUCUCAAAAAUUUAGUGCGAUUAAAAAAAGGCGAAUUUUUUUAGAUCGUGAAAUUUUCAGCUUCUACUGAUAAUUUAUCAUUUCUCGUCUUUUUAAUAACACAAAUUUUUGAAUUUCGAGAAAAUGCAGAGACUAAAAAAAUUUAAAAAAUUAAUCAAAAUCAGUUCUGAAAAACUAUGAAUUUCUGAGCGAAUAAAGCGAUUUCUAGCUCAAUUUUCAGUUACAAUCCGAUUUUUUAUCAAACAAGAAAAUUUUUUGGACGGUGAUAUGUCUUCAUUAGUCUUCAAUCAUGUUAAAUCACGAGGAAGGUUUUUUUUUUAUCUUGAUAAGUCGCAUAGACUUCUAGUUGAAAAAAAAAUCUCGAAAUAACCGGUUUGGAUUUUUUUUUUGGUUAAAAAAACACUAUGAGACCAUUUUAAUGAGUUUUCGAGCAUCGCAAACGAGUUUGAACAAGUAAAACUCUGAUUUUUUCAAAGUGUAUCCGAAUUUUGUACGCUGGAAAGAUUAAAAAUGACUGAAGAGAAGAAAAUUCCUCAAUUUUCAUGUCUUUGGCCUAUUUCAAUGGCCGUCAAAAAUUUGAAAUUUCCUUUAAUUAUUUUAAAACAGUUUCCUGUUUCCAGUGCUUUGGAGAACUUUUUCGACAAGUUGGCCACGGCCCUGGAAAACGUUGAUAUGCACGACGCGACCGGACAAAAAUUUAUCACUUUGAUCGGAUCUGUCUGUCGUGAACAACUCAUUGAAAAGAUCUUGAAGGUUUUCUCUCAUUUUCUGAAAAUUCAUAUAAAGUUUUCUAGGAAUGCAUCGCGAUAGCGGCGCCAGUCAGCACGACGGGCGACAAAGAUCAUCAACAUUUUCUGGAUCUCGUUGAACGGGGAGAGGAAUUUGUCACGUUUUUGAAGGUUUAUUCGAACUUCCAGAUGUAUAAAAAGGGCUUGGAAAAAGGAACUUUCUAAAGGAAAUAUUAUUUGGGACGUUUUUUUAUUUUUUUAUGCGGUAAAAAGUUAUUGUCUCAUAAGAAAUAUAUGAAAAAAACUUCGAUGAGAUUUCAAAUAAAAAAAGUAAGUUUUUAUUUUUUUGUUUCUUAAGGUCCGAUUUUUUUGAAAGUGAGUAACUCAAACUCUUUUUGCGGCUUUUUGAGGGAAAAAUUGUUAGAAAAUGGAAAAAUUCGAAGAGAUUUUUGGAAUUUUUGGGGUGAGUAAAUUGGCAAUUUUCAGUGAAAAUUUUUUUGGAACUUUUUUUAAAGUUUCACGAAAUGCGGUUUCAAAAAAAGUCUAUAAAAAGAUGAGAAAUCGGUUCGUUUUUCAUGUAAAAAAAUAGAGAAAUAUAUAACUUUCCUCUAUUUUUUUAUCCCUUCUUUCUAAUUUUUGGAUUUUAGACACAAAAAAACUGAGUGAUUUAACAGCUGAAAAAAAGGCCCUUUUUUUGAGAAAUUUAAGAAAAAAAUAUUGCCAAAAAAAUCUUUUUUUAUAAACUUGACAUGAAGAUUACCCAGAUUACGCCCAAAUUUUUGCGGAAUAUUUUCAAAAUUUAGAUUUUUUUCUAAAUUUCAAGAAGGCAAAUCUUUUUUUAGAAUUUUAGGAAUUUCAUGAAAAGCCAAAGCAAAAACGGUUCGAAAAAGUAUUUUCUCGAAUCCUUUUUCGAUAUCAUUUCACGGAGGUUCUUUAAAAAAAAAGUUUGAAGUGUAAGAAAAAAAUUAGUUCCUUCUUUGCUUUCUAGCUAAACUUUAUUGAACUUCAGAAAUUGGAAUUCCUGCCCCCUGACGCCAGUUUGUUGUACAAUCUGGACAAAGACGUCGUCUUCAUCGAUCGACGCUGCUUCGCGAUCGUUUCCCGUGCGAAGGAGCUCAUCACGGACGCCUAUACCGAACUCGUCACUGUAAUUUUUAGCUCACUAGGAAGGCCAUUCUAUCAAAAUAACGAGAAAUCGGUGGUAUGAAAAAAGACCAGCGAAAAUUCAAACGGCGACUUUUCCGAUUUAUUCAUAUCGCUAGGGAACUUUCCGACGGCCACCUUUCCGACGAAACUUUUUCCGACUUUUUUUCUCGAUAAAAUAUUCGUUUUAAUUUCCUAUAUAAAGUAGGUAGUUGGUUCAUGAUUAAAACACAAAAAAAUAGGAAAAAAAUAUUUUUAAUAGAUAUUUUAUAAACCGAAAACAUUAGGGAUAUAAUUCAGAAAAAGAUUCGUCGGAAAGUUCCCUAGCGAUAGGAAAAAAUCGGAAAAGUCGCCGUUUGAAUUUUCGUUGCUGUUUUUUUCAUACCACCGAGAAAUCUUCCUCUUUGAACUUUCUGAAUUUUCCCUUGUGAAUGUAAUGAUUUUCUGAAGGUUGGCUGCGACGGCGAGACUUCGGACAGUUUCAAUGCGAUCGGCGAAACUCUGGAAAGCGUCAAAGGCGCCAGAACCGAGCAGGAACAACUGCUCUCGGAGAUUCUUCGAAAUAAAAAGGAGACCCUGUUCCCGAGCAUUUUCCGCUUCAUGAAGUGCACCGUGAGGUGAAUUUAGUCAAAAUAUUUGACAAUUUUUUUGAAAAAAAGUAACAGUUUUCGAGAUUUUUUUUGAUGUAGUAUGUUUAAAUUUAGCUUUUUCCUGUUUUUUUAAAUUUUGCUGUUUCUUUUUCUCCGCAAAGUUUUAAGGUUUAUAGAAGUUUCAAGAAGAUAGUGGAUCAUUUGGAGUUUACGGGAAAACCCAGAAAUCUGUUUUUGGACCAAUGUAAUAAUUUCCUCAAAUUCUUUAUAAUUUCAAAAACUGCCUCAAAAAAGCUUGACUGGAAUAGUUGAUAAGAAAUUUUUUUGAAUAGUCUUUUGAAAAAAUUUUUCUUUUCCGAUCUACUACACUUUUCAUGAUAUAAAAAUUGGAUAUGCGCAUAAUUUUAGAACUUUCCUUGAUUAAAAAUUAAUUUAUUUAAUAAAAGGGCUCACUAGUUUAAGAGAAAUGAUUUGAAAGAGUUUUUCACUCGAUUUUCCGCGAGAUUUCAAAAAAAAAAAUUCGAAAGUUUUCUAAGAAAAUGCUGGUAAACAUAGUGGAAUAUGUGGAAAAAGGUCCAGUUUACUGGAAUACUCGAAAUAUAUUUUUUAUUAAGAUAAUAUUUUCUUUCGAAUCCUCAUUAAUUGCGAGCUCAAAAAAAGUUUGAUAUCAACAAAAAAAGUUUUGUAUUUUCAGAAAAAGAAAUAUGAUGUUAAAAUAAUGGAACAUGUGAAAAAAAUGAGCAGUUACACCCUACAAAUUUUUCUACCACAAUAAUGUUUUUUCGAAGCUUCGCUUGAAAAAGUAGAUAAAACAAGGAUAUAGCUGAUUCACGGCUGGCUUGAGCCAUUGAGAAAAGGGUCCUGCCACGAAAAGAGACGAGAAAGUGCCCUGGUUGGUGGAGAGUGCAGACAGGCUACGACUUUUUGCGUCCCAAGCUAGCCGUGAAUUGUCUAUAAAACUUUAUUUCUCUUCAUAUUUGAACCAUAUUUUUUUCCAGCAAAUCGACCGUAGAUCUUGCCGAUCUGAUCACGGAAACCAUGACCGCCGCCGCUGAAGCCAAGGAUAAUGAUGUAAAAAAAUAAAUAGAACAUUGAAAAUGGAAGUUUUUCAAGAUUUUACAAGGACGCUUGACACUGACGGGCCGGAAUGUCCUCCAGUUGUUCCUCAUUUUGUCUCCAAGACAUCAUGGCCACAUGUUCAAUACGAUUCCUCACAUGGCGGGUUGGUAGAGGAAAUAUGGAAUGAUUUUUGGAAAGUUCCAAAAAAAAAUUAUUUUAAAAUUCCCAUUUUUUUUUCCAUCGAAUCGUUAAAAUUUUCAUCCCAUGGAAAGUGCUUCCCAGAAGGAUUUUUCAAAAAUGAGUUUUAUUUCGCUUUUGCGUCUUUUUCACAAAUUGUAAUAGAAAAAUGCUGGAAAGUAACUGAAAAACAUUCCAAAAGGUUCAAAAAAUAACCGCUGAGGCUAUGAAAAAGGAGCUCAACGCUUUUCCCUAUGAUUUUUGAAGCUUUAAGCUGAAUUUUGAGAAUCCUGAAAGGAAUUUUUCCGUUUUACCUAUGUUUUGGAUUUUAAAAAAAAGCACUUUCACAGUUUCCAAGAGUUUAUUUAGAUUUUUCCAACUAAAUUUUUUUGUUUUUUGUUCAACCAGUAAAGACAAAAGAUUCAGAAUAUCUUUUUUUGAAAACUCACAAACGUUUUUUAGCCGUUUUCUACAAUAAUUGCCACUACUUGAUGCAUCGAAUGAUGACGCUUUCGGUGGAAGUUCGAAAAAUCGGGGAUCCCAGCGGAGUUGUGAGCUUUUCUUCAAAUUUUAGGAUGAUUUCAAUUUAAUCUAAGCGAUGUUAGUUUUAGAGAGAAGUUUUAAAAAAAACGAGAAUUUCAUUGAAAAAUCGGUUCAUAAGCAGUUUUUUCUUUUUGAAAAUUUUCUAGAAUUUCUGGUUUUUUUUUGUAUAGUCUGUUCAGAUUUUGAAUGUCAAGUAGAAUGACGUCAUUCGAAAAGGCUCUGUGGAUGGCUCGCUCUCUGAUUGGUUUAUCGCACCAUUAUGGGCGGAGCUUGAGCGACGACUUGACAUUCAAAAAUCUGAACAGACUAUAUUAUAAAUCAUAUUUUAAAAAAAAAUAAAAAAACUGAAAAAGUGGUGCCGUUUCCGAACGUCAGAAGCUUCAUUUAGUACUUUUAUAAGUUUUAACCCCAAUUUGAAAAAGUUUAGGAGCAAUUUUAGUUCUACUUCAUUUGCAAUUUUUCAAACUUGUGCGUAUUUUUUUGGAAAAAAAGGGAUCUUUUAUGUUCAAAAAAACCCAGACUGUUGAAUGGGUUUUUAUUUUUUUAUAGAUUGAGCCCUUUUUCCGCAUAAAACUAGAAACUGGCUCGGCUCGGAAUUUUCAUUUGGUCUUUUUUUCAUUUUUUGGUCCAUUUAAAGGUGAUUUUAAAGCAAAAUUAGUUUUUUAACAUUCAAAGUCUCUAACCUUACGGAAGUUUUGCGGAGAACGAGUUCCUGAAAAUUCAAAUAAAGUCAGUCGAAUUUUUUUUUCUAUGUUACUUUAAGCACUAUAUAGCAAAAAAAUAGGAAUCGCUUCGGCUUGGUACUUUCAGGGGCUUCAUUUAGAGUACUUUAAGUGUUUUGACUCAUUUUUAAGCUUUUUUUGAAGUGAAAUAAAUUCCCCUCCCCCGCGCAACAAUUUUACUGACCUUUCUAGUUCAGAAGAUGAUUUGCGAACCGAUUCUGUCGGAUGUAGUUCCCCGACUCCGUGAAGUUGCCGCCGAAUGCAUGGAAUCCACGUUGACCCGCUGCAAAAGGGACAUUGCUACCUUGAUUGAUACCCCCAAUGGUUUAUAAAAUCUGAAAAAAAUGUCAAGUUCAAAAAAAAUUUCCAGCGUUCGAAUACCUGCCUAAGGGCUACAUUCUCUCAAGUUUCCCCGUCACUCCGAGCAACUCUAGGACUGAUAACAGCGAAGAGACGCCGGAGCUGGUUCGAUCCCUCUCCGCCUGCAUUUUGCACAUUAGCUCCAUCGCCAAGGUCUUCAAGGAGGUUUGAAAAAACAAUGAAAAACGAAAAAAAAGUCGGAAAAUGUCCAUAGAAAUAUUCCCUUUAGGGUGACAACUGGGAAACUUUUUAGUGGCCACUAUAGAGGCUCGCCAAGGACUACUUGGAGAGGACACUAAAGUGGCCACUAAACCCACCUCUAUAGUGGCCACUGUUUUUCGUUUUAGCAGCCACUAUAGAAGUUCUCUAUUUAGUGGCCACUUCAGUAGUUUUUCAUAUAGUAUUCCUUCCAGCAACUCUGAUCAUUUUAAAACAAACAGAUUGGACCAGUUAUGUUGGUCCAUUAACCCCUAAAGUAGCCACUGAAAUUUUUAGAGGUCUAGUAGUAGCACUUAGACCUCUAUAGUGGCCACUAACUUUUAACUUCUUAAGUGGCCACUAAUUUGACUACUAUAGUGGCCACUAAAACAUCGAAACCCUAUAGUGGCUACUAAAAAUUUUCCCAGGAAGGCUCUUUUUUGCUGCCUUUUUGCCCUAUUUUCUCGGCCUUUAUGCACCAUUUUUGCUGCCUCUCCCUUUUUCCACCAUUUCUCGAGCAUUUAAAAUCCCUGAAAAAGAUAAUGGGACCCUCUUUGCUACCUUUUUGCUCCCCUUCUGCGCCCGUUUUUGAACCUCUCCCUUUUACCGGCCAUUAUCCACCAUUCCGAAUUUGCCCUAGUCUUCAAUUUUCUUAAGUUCCAGACCGAUAAUCAGGAAAAUUCUCCAGGUUCUCACUGAACUCGUCUACUGCAAAUCGAUCGCCUCUCUGAUUUCUUUCAUUCUCCGAUCUCUGACCACCAGAAUGACGUCGAAAUGCGACAUUCGGGAGAACGACGGCCGCGCUCUUGUCACCAUUUUCGGACAGUUGUUGGUGGAAUGCGACAAAUUGCUUUUCGUGAGGAAAAUAUGUCGUUUUAUGCGUUUGAAAGUGAAGUUUAGUACCGCGGCCGGUCUAGAGUUCCCGAAUUCUGCGAUCGAGAAUAUUUCAGACUGCAGGAAGUCAUCUACUGCCUUGGUGGAUCUUUGAGGGUAUGUUUUUUGGUUUUUCAGGAUCAUUUUCCUGUUUCGAUUAUAUGACUGUCAAUCAUUACUCAAGUACUCAAAAUUUUCUCCAGCGGUAGGAAUUCAGAAUCCCGCUGGAAAAAAAUUGGUAGUACUACGCGUGCCCGCCUUGAAACACGCGCUGUAAUUCGCGAUUUUAAGAAUUUGAACUGCGGGAAAUGGCAUCCCGAUUUUGUCCCUUCCAGGUAGCUCUACACAGUGAAAGCUAAAAUCCACCCGCACGAGCUUCCGAACGCUCAUUUUUACCGCGGCUCUACCGAAUUUCUUCCGCGGGAGGAAGUCUUAAGUGCGCAAGUAGUAGUUAUUUAGAUAGUGGUCGGAGGAAAUUUACCUAGCAUUCCGAAAAAAAAAAAUUAGAACCGAAUUUCGGAAUUUUUCAUGAGAUUUUGUUUCUAGUGUACAUGCAGAAGACUUGAAAAAAAAAUAGGUAAUUUGCUUUUCGAAAACAAAAACGUCGUUCUGACACAGUUCGAUAUAAAAAUCAGUAAAAAAGAAGUGACGAAUCAUGCGGUUUUUUUUUAGAAAAUCAAGAUAUUAAUGAAAAAAAAAUAUGAUUUAUGUAAUUAUCCCUGAUUGUUUUGUUCUGAAGCAAUGCCGUGUUCGAAGGGAUUUCCUCGAAAUUCAAAAUUAUCUCUGACUCUCCAAAAUUCAGUUGUCUUUUUCUUUCUCUGACGGCUAUUUUACUUUUUCGUGGAAUCACUUUGAACAGGUCAAUGGGCUACAGAUAAUUUGGUCAUGAAAUGUCUUCAAUCCUCCAAAAAAAGCUAAUUUUUUUCCAAUUUUCAACCGUUUUCAGGACAUUGAAAUGCGUUGGUGCAACGGAAAAGGACCGUUGGCCGAGUGGCUGAGCCACGAAGAAGUCCAUCGGAUGAUCGUCGCCAUGUUCGCCGAUUCCCAGCUCCGACAAGACGUUCUCAACAACAUUUAA